UCUUAGAUGGUAGACGUCACUGGUUGUGCUGGGGAGUAUAGGCUGUGCUGUCAGCCCAGUGUCAGUCUGAUGAAGAUUGGCAUUCAGGCACCACCUGUUUCCAUUUUGUGUCGAACCUGCACGAUCGCUGUCCCGGAGUACUGCGGCUCCCCAUGCAAAGGUCUCAAUGUGAAGCUAUCCCAUGAUGCAACAUGCGUCCCCAGCACCAGCACUGACAAUGAUGGCCACACAGAGCGUUCCUCCACCAUCGUACCAGGAGAGCCAACAGAUGACGGGCACCACGCAACAGAACUCUAAGACCCAGCCGGUCCACCUCCCAGCAUCGUCUGGGGCAGUGGCCACCCCAGUCAGUGUGACACUGGACCCGCAGGCUCAGCUGGAAUCAGACAAGCGAGCCGUUUACAGACACCCCCUGUUCCCGCUGUUGGCCUUGCUGUUUGAGAAGUGCGAGCAGGCCACACAAGGGUCUGAGUGCAUCACGUCAGCCAGCUUCGAUGUCGACAUUGAGAACUUCGUCCACCAGCAGGAGCAGGACCACAAGCCGUUCUUCAGCGAGGACCCUGAACUGGACAAUCUGAUGGUGAAGGCCAUCCAGGUUUUGCGGAUCCACCUCCUCGAGCUGGAGAAGGUCAACGAGCUCUGCAAAGACUUCUGCAACCGCUACAUCACCUGCCUCAAGACUAAGAUGCACAGUGACAACCUGCUGAGGAACGACUUGGGGGGGCCCUACUCCCCGUCACACACCUCCCUCGGGCUGCAGCAGGACCUACUGCAAGGCUCCACCCCGUCCAUGACAGCAGUCUCCAGCUCUGUCAACCCCUCAGGCAUCGUGGUCCCCGGCAACGCCCUGCAGCAAGGCAGCGUUGCCAUGACCACCAUCAACUCACAAGUGGUGUCAGGUGGGACCUUGUAUCAGCCAGUUACCAUGGUGACAUCACAGGGGCAGGUGCUGACCCAGGCUUUACCCCAGGGGACUAUCCAGAUCCAGAAUGCACAGGUAAACCUGGACCUCUCGUCCCUCCUUGACGGCGAUGACAAGAAAUCGAAGAACAAGAGGGGCGUGCUGCCGAAACACGCCACCAACAUUAUGCGAUCCUGGCUCUUCCAGCACCUCAUGCACCCGUACCCCACAGAGGAUGAGAAAAGACAGAUAGCUGCACAGACAAACCUCACCUUACUGCAGGUCAACAACUGGUUCAUCAACGCCCGCAGGCGGAUUCUGCAGCCCAUGCUGGAUGCCAGCAACCCCGACCCUGCCCCGAAGACCAAGAAGAUGAAGUCUCAGCACCGGCCGACCCAGCGCUUCUGGCCGGACUCCAUUGUGGCUGGUGUGCUGCAGACCCACGGGACACACUCUGGCAACAACUCGGACAGCUCCCUUGCCAUGGACAGCUUGCAGCCGCUGUCUUCUGACUCGGCCACUCUGGCAAUGCAGCAGGCCAUGCUGGGGGGGGGAGAGGACUCCAUGGAUGGCUCGGAGGAGGAGGAGGAUGAGGACGAGGAGGAAGAAGGGAUGGAGGAAGAGGAGGAUGAGGAAGAGGAGGAGGAGAGAGCAAGGGGGAGGCAGCUGCACAGUGCCGGAGUGAGGGACCUAGGCCUCGAGGACAACGAGGGCAUGGAGUCGCCAAGCCUGCUCCUUAGAGCAUCAUCGUGUCGCAGCUGGAUUGACUGGUUUUCUACUGGUUUUGCUGACGGAGGCAGGAUUACCAAAGCCAGGAGGAUGUCCAUUGCCAAGGCGGCCACACAGGCCAUGCUGUCGGACGCCCUGCUCCGAGACGAGCCGGGGGACAGCCGCAUUCGGAGUCUGGAGCUCGAGCUGCCCCUGGACCGCUUCAUCAAGUUUGUCUCCGUGGGGCUACCCCUCCUGCUGGUGUCCGUGGCUUUUGCCAGGGAGAUCUCUAUCGGCCAACAGAUCAGCUGCUUCUCUCCAAGCAACUUCUCGGCCAAGCAGGCGAGUUACGUGGACACCUACUGCUGGGACACUCUGAUGCACCACGAAUUUGACGCCAACGGGAACUUCGAGGAGCGCUCCCUCUGGGUGCACAAAAUGUUCCCGUACUCCCUGCUGGCCAUGGCCGUGCUCAUGUACCUGCCUGCCCUCAUCUGGCGAUUCCUGGUGGCCCCCUACCUUGGUGCCGACCUGCUGUUCAUCAUCGACGAGCUGGACAAGUCCUACAACCGAUCGGUGCGGCUGGCCCAGAGCAUCCUGGACCUUCGGCACAGUGCCCCCAGCCAGGCGGAGUUUCAGGCAGAGUUACAAAUAGCGAAGCGGAAACGCUACUUUGAGUACCCCCUGCUGGAGAGAUACAUGCAGUGCAAGCAGCGCUCCUACUUCCUGGUCAGCAUGCUCUUCCUGCGUGGCUUCUUGCUGCUCCUCUUCAUGUCGGCCUCCUGCCUCUACCUGGUCUACUUCCACUUGUCGGCGUUGCUCCAGGACGAGUUCAGCUGCUUGGUGCGAACGGGCCUCCUGCGCGAUCAACCCUGGGUUCCCGAGCUGAUUCAGUGCAAGAUGAUGGGCCUGCUGGUUUUCCAAAUCAUCAGCAUUGCCAAUGGCGCCGUCUACGUCCUACUCGCUCCGAUUGUCAUUUUCAGCCUACUUCGCCUCUUUUGCUGGGACACCACUUUCCUGACCCUCUAUGAGGUGCUGCCGGCCCUGGGCCUCAUCAGCGGCCGCAAGCUGGGCUGCCCGCUCAACGACCUCAAUGUCAUCCUCCUCUUCCUGCGCGCCAACGUCACCCACUUGCGCUCAUAUGGCCGCUUGAGGGCCAUGUGCUCUCUGGCGCCCCCACAGGUGCAGAGACCCAUGGGCAGGCACCAUGCCAUGAUGAGCGAGGAAGAGGCAGAGGAGGCUCUGGAAGCCCUGGAGGAGAUGGAGGAGGAAGCUCGGGAGGCCAGGGAGGAGAGAAAGCACAACCUGGUGGAUAUCAUGACCUUAUUGGGAGGAGCUCGAGGAAACGUCAUGAACUGCAAGGAACAGAGACCUCUGGUAGAGGAACAUUUGAGUCUUGAGCCCUCUAACAACCAGGGGUACCAUGAAUUGAAGGAGACUCCGUCACAUAGUUAUACCUAAACCUUCCACCAGCGGACUGAACCAACACUUGGGAGGCAGGAGGGGGGGCUCACACUAACAAGGUGGAAAUGCUUCACAGGGGUCAUGGCUGUGGAAGUGGGGUAUAUUGCAGGGUAUGAAUAGCAUCCCCACUCCCCAAUUAAGACCUUAGGAGAGUUACUGCAAUCUCGCUGUUUGAUUUUAAGCCUGUGUGGGCACCCCAUUCCUGCUCAAUCCCCCUCCCUCUCUUUGAAAGACUGACUCGUUUUGUUUGCCUGUGUAAUUAUGCUAAAUAAAGAUGCGUAAACCUC